UGACUCACUCCCUAUUAUGACCCGACGAAUCUCCGAGAAGCUCCGACUCUCUCUCUUCCCCUACAAGUCGACCCUCCGCUUUCUCUGUCCUCCUCCCCAUCCCUCUCUCUCCUCCACGCUCCACCUCUGCAAGUCCCUCGCACGCGUCCUCGCCGCCAAAACCCUAGCCCUCUUCUCCCUCCCUUUUUCCGACCACGACCGCGACGCUAUGGCCGAUUCCUUCGGCGACGACUCCUUCUGGGACCUCGACUUCCGCCCCCAUUUCCGCUCCCAGCGCCCCCGCCUCCACGACGACUACGACGACAACGGCGACAACGACGAGGUUUUGGGAAAUGCCGUUGAUAAGGUGUACCUCGUUCCUUACAGGUGGUGGAAGGAGGCUCGGAUGGAGGAGGAUCGCAAUGGAGGGGUCCUUUACACUGCUACGACGGAGGACGACAACGCUGGCGCUGAAAUUGUAUUGAAUUUGAAGAAGAACGACGUCGUUGAAGAAGGGUUUUCGGGGCGUGAAUACGCCUUGGUCUCUGAAUCAACGUGGUGUCGCGCUCUCAUACGGCAUAAUGAUUUCAACGCAGCAGCGAAGGAUAACGUGAGCUUUUUUGGUGCAGAAAACUUAAAUGAUAUUUAUUCUCUACAAAUUAGGCUAUUUGUUUCCUGGGAAACAAAUUCAUUGUUCGUAAAGAUCACCCAAAAGGAUAAUGCAAUAGUUUCCUACAAAAGGGCCUGUAAUGUUUUCAGUUCAGAGUAUGUUCCGUUGCAUAUUUGGGACUUCUCUGGGCAGACAACCCAAUUUUUCAUGAACGACAGAGUUAAUUUGCCAAGCGAUAUUCCUGGACAACUGAACAAAGAGAUUCUCCUUGAAUUGCGACUCCAUGGAUUUUCAGACUAUAUGAAAUGUUCAGAUUGGAGGAGCGAUGAAGUGGCUGAUAAAGAGUCAAGUUUGGAUGGUUCUACUUUUGGUGGCUCUAUUAAGAUGAAUGGAAGCACUGACUAUGUGAAUCCUUAUUUAACUUCAACCAACUCCUUGCAAAGUGGUAUAAUCUAUAGAGGAGUUGGCUCCUUAGGCCUUACUGGACUAGAGAAUCUUGGGAAUACUUGUUUUAUGAACAGUGCCAUCCAAUGCUUGGUGCAUACUCCAAAGCUGGUUGAUUACUUUCUAGGAGAUUACCGGAAGGACAUAAAUUAUGCAAAUCCACUAGGACUGAAAGGAGAGCUUGCUUUAGCAUUUGGAGAGUUGCUGAGGAGGUUAUGGGCUCCAGGUGCAAGGUCAGUGGCUCCAACGAUGUUCAAGUUAGAACUUGCUAAUUUUGCUCCGCAAUUCAGUGGCUAUAAUCAGCAUGAUUCCCAGGAACUUCUUGCUUUUUUGUUGGAUGGUCUCCACGAAGAUCUAAAUCGUGUAAAAUGCAAACCUUACAUUGAAGCUAAGGAUGUGGAGGGUCGUCCAGAUGAUGAGGUAGCAGAAGAAUAUUGGCAAAAUCACCUUGCUCGGAAUGACUCAAUCAUUGUCGAUGUGUGCCAAGGUCAGUACCGGUCAAAAUUGGUGUGCCCUGUUUGCAACAAGGUGUCUGUUAUGUUUGACCCAUUUAUGUAUCUUUCGCUACCGUUACCUUCAACAUCAAUGCGGACUAUGACUUUGACGGUCCUAAGUACAGAUGGGACUGCAAUGCCAUCUACAUGUACGGUGACAGUGCCCCAGGGUGGGAGGUUGAUGGAUCUUACUAAUGCCUUAAGCACUGCAUGUUGCUUAAGAGAUGAUGAAACUCUGAUGGUAGCUGAGAUAUACAAGAGUCGUAUUUUUCGUCUACUGGAAGAUCCAUUUGAUUCAUUAGCCUUGAUCAGAGAUGGAGACCUAUUGGUUGCUUAUCGGUUACCAAAGGAUUGUGAGUCGUCCCUUUUGGUUACAUUUAUUCAUCAGCAGAUGGACGUGGGCUUUAAUAAUGGAGAGAUGGGAUUAGUCCCACAGGCGUUUGGCGUACCCCUCAUAGCAAGGUUGCCUGAUGUUUGCAAUGGAUCUGAUAUUCGUAACAAGUUCCUGAAAGUACUAAACCCAUACUUGAUGCCUACUGGAGAUGCAUUAGAUAUUUUUGAUUAUGAUGAUAUUGGAAAUUAUGCUACUGAAGAUUCUAACAAGGAGGAUGCUGCUACUUCUACGAUUAUGGAUAAUGAUGCUUACGCGGACAGGGAAUCAGGGGAUGAAGCACAUUUGGAUAAUGACUUCCAGUUUUACUUAACAGAUACAAGAGCAAUAAGAGGCACCUUGAUAGACAUGAAUGAGCCAGUAGUGGUCUCAAAGUUGCCUAAGAGGUUGAGUGUACUUGUUUUAUGGUCUGAUAAAAUGACUAAAAAGUACGAUACAUGCCUUCUAAGCAAUUUGCCGGAAAUUUUCAAGCCCGAAGUUUUGGUGAGGAGGCCUCAAGAAUCCGUUUCUUUGUACAAAUGCCUUGAAGCCUUUAUGAGAGAACCUCUAGGGCCAGAAGAUAUGUGGUACUGCCCUACCUGCAAGAAGCCUCAACAAGCUAGCAAAAAGUUAGAUCUUUGGAGAUUGCCUGAGAUUUUGGUUAUUCAUCUGAAAAGAUUCUCGUACAGCCGUUAUUUUAAGAACAAGCUAGAAACAUUUGUUGACUUUCCAAUUCAUGAUCUGGAUUUUUCUUGCUACAGUGCCCACCAAAAUAGCCAGUUAUCCAGCCGAUACAUGUUGUAUGCGAUUAGUAAUCACUAUGGUGGCAUGGGCGGUGGUCACUAUACUGCAUUUGCUCAACUCGGUAAUGGUUCGUGGUAUGAGUUUGAUGAUGACAGGGUUUGUCCUGUUGGGGAAGAGACAAUCAAGACAUCAGCUGCAUAUGUUCUUUUCUACCGAAGAGUGGCAGAUGUAUAGACACCUAGGCAGUUGUAUAGCUAAGUAACAAUUGGGAAGCACGUUGCGGGAGGAGGGGCGACGGGCGUAGAUAUCGGAGGAGGGAUAUUUACAGAAAAAUGGAGCAUAUGAUUCAUGUUGUACAGCUUUUAAUGGCGCCGGUGGAAGAGGCGUAUAAUAGCAUCACCUCUUUGAUUUUGGGUUCACCUUGUAUGUAUACUCGACCCAGAAAAGUACUGAAAUAGCAUCAAUUGUUCAAAUAGUUGGAUUGCCUUUC